UUUCCUUUCCUUUCCUUUCCUUUCCUUUCCUUUCCUUUCCUUUCCUUUCCUUUCCUUUCCUUUCCUUUCCUUUCCUUUCCUUUCCUUUCCUUUCCUUUCCUUUCCUUUCCUUUCCUUUCCUUUCCUUUCCUUUCCUUUCCUUUCCUUUCCGCUUUAUUUCAAUGUUAUGUAUACAAAUUUGGUUAUGUAUGGUGUUCAGGCUAGUCAGCAGAUGACAAUCACAAGUUACAGCUCUGUUACUCAGAUCUCAUUAGCUAUGGAGAAGAGAGAGAAGAAAGGAAGUUGGAAGCAAAUCCAUGGAACAGAUGCUGACUUUGAACCAGAAAUGAAAUAAAGUAAUGGUGAUGAGGAAUGCUGUUGCAAACCUACAGCUUGAUAGAAGUGUUCUGCAUCUCAUACAGGAUAGCACAGAGAGUUGAGAGAAACAGAAGCAGUGAUUCUCUUUUCUGGGAAACUCUUGAAGAACUUUGUAAAAUUAUGGCAAAACCAACCUAGAGAUAUAUUUUUCUUAUUUUUCUUUUUGUCCAUUGCAUUUUAUUACUGGGAGAUUAAUGAGAAGCUGAAGAUUAAUGCAGUCUAUUCUUAUAACCUGUUCUCACACAGAAUCACAGAAUCACAGAAUCACCCGGGUUGGAAGGGACCCCAAGGAUCAUGUAGUUCCAACCCCCCUGCCUAGCAGGGCCACCAACAUACAUAUUCAGAUCAGGUUGCCCAGGACCCCGUCCAACCUGGCCUUAAACACGUCCAAGGACGGGGCAUCCACAACCUCCCUGGGCAGCCCGUUCCAGGGCCUAACCACUCUCCUAGUAAAGAACUUCCCCCUAACAUCUAACCUAAAUCUUCCCUCCUUCAACUUAAAACCAUUUCCCCUAGUCCUGCUGUUGUCAGCCCUUUUGAAGAGUUUACUCCCCUCCUGGGUGUAGGUUCCCUUCAGGUAUUGAUAGGCUGCAAUGAGGUCACCCCGCAGCCUUCUCUUCUCCAGGCUGAACAAGCCCAACUCCCUCAGCCUAUCCUCAUAGGGGAGGUGCUCCAGCCCCCUGAUCAUCUUAGUCGCCCUCCUCUGGACCCUUUCCAAAAUCUCAAUGUCUUUCUUGUACUGAGGGCUCCACACCUGGACACAGUACUCCAGAUGGGGCCUCACAAGAGCCGAGUAGAGAGGGACAAUCACCUCCCUGUCCCUGCUGGCCACCCCUCUCCUGAUGGAGCCCAGGAUCCCAUUUGCCUUUCGAGCUGCCAGAGCGCACUGCUGGCUCAUAUUCAGUCUCUCGUCCAUCAGGACCCCCAGGUCCUUCUCUGCCGAGCUGCUCUCAAGGACCGCUCCUCCCAGCCUGUACAGGUGCCUGGGGUUCUUCCGGCCCAAAUGCAAAACCUUGCACUUUGCCGUGUUGAACCUCAUCAGGUUCACCCGAGCCCAGCCCUCCAGCCUGUCGAGGUCCCUCUGAAUGGCAUCCCUUCCUUCCACCGUAUCAACGGCACCACUCAGCUUGGUGUCGUCAGCAAACUUGCUGAGGGUGCACUCAAUUCCCUCAUCGAUGUCAUUAAUAAAGAUGUUAAAGAGCACCGGUCCCAAGACAGACCCUUGGGGGACACCACUUGUUACCGGCCUCCACCUGGACAUAGAGCCAUUGACCACCACCCUCUGUCUGCGGCCUUUCAACCAAUUGCUUAUCCAUCGGGUCGUCCACCCAUCAAAUCCACUUCCCUCCAAUUUGGAGAUGAGGAUGUGGUGGGGGACCAUGUCAAAGGCCUUGCUCAGGUCCAGGUAAAUGACAUCGGUCGCCUUCCCUUCGUCCACCAAUGCCGUCACUCCAUCAUAGAAGGCCACAAGAUUAGUUAGGCAUGACCUUCCUUUGGUGAAGCCGUGCU